UCAGAUUGCAGACGUUGCAUCCUCCACUGCCUUUCCUCUAAACAAGGCUAUGCGCAUGGAAGACGCUCGGGUUCUAAGACCGGUGAGACAUGAUCAUGGUAUUUUUUGGGAUCGAGUUCUUGGGGAGCUUUGAAGCUGUUUCGUGGGCAUGCUGGAGGUUCUUCGGACGGAGUGUUGCUUCAUUUUCCUUGAAGACCUUGUUGCUGUGUAGAGCUUUUUCGGCGCUUGAUGCUGGCGUUAUUGAUAUAUGGGGACGGACGUGGAAGCACUGCGCUACACGCGGCAUGGUGACGGUAAAGUACAGGAGAGGGAAUGUGGAUGCUGCGAAGAUGAGGGAAGGAUGGCAUCAUGGUUGAUUUAUAUAUAUCUGCACAGCGGUCAUUGCGUUAGAGAUGCUCCUGUACUUGUGUAAAUCAUCUGGACUCGGAAUGUAGUCUCUGCGUCGUACGUCAUUCCAUGUCAAGCUCUUCCAUGUCA